CACAGCUGUUCUGUCAUCGAUUCGUCCGAUUUGUCAACAAUGUGAAAGGAGAACAGUUGACAAAGCAUGCUUUGUUUGUCAUUUUAUGAAUUUUGGUAGCGGUUUAAUGUUGUUUUUGUACAUAUACAGUUGUAGUAUAUGUGAGUUGGUUAGUUAAAAUGGGAAAGUGCUGCAGAGCUCAGAUAUCAUGUUGCUGUGGAAGUAUGGCAGCCUCAUUAUGUUGCAAAGGGUGUCCAGCAGUUCGGGAGUCAACCAGCACAAGGGUUAUGUACACCUUGCAGUUUGUCCUCUGUGGUGCUAUUGCCUGCUUGAUGAUCACUGACCAUGCACAGAAGUGGCUGCAGGAUAAUCUGUCAUUUUUUAACUCCGUUUGCCUGGCCCUUCGAGCAGGCCCAAACUGCACCCGGUUGAUAGGCUAUAUGGCAGUCUACAGGGUUUGCUUUGCGAUUGUUGUCUACUUCAUUCUGCUCUUCCUGUUCACACUUGGUGUAACCACCAGUAGAAGUUGGAGAGCCAACGUACACAAUGGGUUAUGGUUGAUAAAGUACAUACUUUUGUGCGUGUUAGUAGCUGGAAUCUUUAUCGUUCCUAGCCCCUAUGCAGAAAUAAUCAUACAAGUGUGGAUGUGGGUUGGAGUUGUAGGUGCUGUUAUCUUCAUAGCCAUACAGAUGGUGCUGCUGGUUGACUUUGCACAUUCCCUCAAUGACAGAAUUGUGAGAAAAAUGCAGCAUGGUGGCUCACGAUGUUGUUGGUUUUCAUUGAUUGUUGUGAUGGCAUUGGUGCUGUACGGAAUCUGUGUGAUUUCCGUGGUGCUCUUGUUUUCGUUCUACACCAAUCUAAAGGGUUGCUUUAUCAACAAACUGUUUAUCUGCAUCAACUCAGGCCUGUGCUUCGUGCUAUCUCUUGCAUCUGUUCUACCCUGUGUGGCAAAGAGUACAGGUGACCCACGAUCAGGCCUGCUACAAGGGGCCCUCAUCUCAGCAUAUAUUAUGUACUUGACUUGGGCAGCACUAUCAAGUGAGCCACUUCCUCCAAGCGAGGAAAAACGAGUAGCGCUGAUGCGUCUGGUGGACGAUCCAUUAGUGGCAUACCAGCAUGGAUUGGAUCUGAACUUUGACAACGACAUCUACAAUCUGGACAGCACUUGUGGACCACCAGAAAGCACCUGGCUGGACAAGACCGGUAUUGCUUACAUCGGUAUCAUGAUUAUGCUGGCCAUGUCAAUAUACCAAAGCAUUAGAACAGCAAGUCAAUCACACCGGCUUGGGAUCACCGUAAAUGCAUCCCCAGAGGAGAAUUCGAACUGCUGCUGUGUGUCCAGUUCGGCUGAUGAUCUUGCUGUCAGUGGGGAAAGAGGAGGCCAGAAGGUUACUAGGAAUGAGAUUCUAGGAACCACCUACAGCUACUCAUGGUUUCAUUUUGUCUAUGCACUGGCUGCACUUUACUUGAUGAUGCAGCUUACAAAUUGGUUCAGUCCCCACAAGGCAAACAUAUACACGUUUGGGCGCGACUGGUCGACGGUGUGGGUUCGCAUGGCAUCCAGCUGGCUCUGCUUUAUCAUCUACAUGUGGACACUAGUCUCCCCAAGCUGCUGUCCUGAACGCAACAUCUGCGAGAUGCCACACCACCGACUGAGUGACUGCAAUGUUGGGUUGGUUGAUCAUGAGGGCUCUAACCAAAGCAAUGGAGGUGAUAAGCAAAAUGUGAAGAGAAAGAGGAAAAAGAGCAACUCCAAGUCCGAUAACACCGUCCCUCCGGAGCAACACGAGAUGCUGAGAGAGAGCGAUGUUGAAGCUGGAGCGUCGGCGACGAAGGAUAAGAAAAAGAGACAGAGGCUUUCCACCCAGAUGUCACAGGUGUCCUCUACGGAAGAAGCCACUGCAAGAGUUGAAGUGACUGACGAAAUGCAAUAUCAGGCAACACCUGAUAAAUUGUCCAAACAGAUGAAUAAACCUAAAAAGGAAAAAGAGCCAAAGACUCCCAUGAAGAAAGGCAAGAGCAAAUCCCCCCAAAAGAACGCCAAGUCACCGAAAGGUAAGUCACCGAGCAACCCAACUGUGUCUCGGCCCAGUGAUAUAGUCGUUGACAUUCCUGCGGAUGACAUUGAAUCUGAGCCAUUAGAGCAGCAAACUGAUGUGAAAGUGGGGAAAAAAAAGAACAAGAACAUGAGGAAGAAGGCAUCUAAACCCUAAACAAAUGCAUGACAUUUCCACGUCAUAUUGUACCAAAAGCUAUGAUAACUUCAUUUCGUCUGACACGUGUUUUUGUCUCCAGAUAUCUUUAGCAAUUGAUAAAAUCAAGAGCUAAUAAUAGGUAUUAUUAGCUGCUGAUAAAAUGUAUACAUAUAUCUAUGUAGGCCUAUUUGAUGUGAAUACGAUUCUAGAUACUCUAUUUUAUACCAUUAUAUACUUGCACAUGAAUCUACACAUACUAUCAGGAGUGUAUCAAUACUGUUUAUACAAAGUGUUUGAUACACUCCUGAUACUAUUACCAAUAGAUCACCGAGAAACCUCAAUCCAAUUAUGCUGGUGGCCCACUGGUUUGAUGUUUCAAUGAUUACAAUAACAAAAAUACCAACUAGAUGUUUUAUUUACGUGUUUUCUAUCAAGUUAGCAUUAACAGACUUAACAACCUUGUGAAUUAAGUAAUUCUACCUGCAUUGCUAGUAUGGUUGUUUCAUGCACAGUGCUACUUGUGCUAUUAUUAGUGGUGUAGCUGGUGUUUACCCCCUGUGAUUGGACAGCCUUAUACAGCCAAGUCGCAACUGCACUUGUGUGAUUUGUGAAUUGUGUAUCUGCUCGUCUUGGUGUGUAUUUAUUUAUCCGCGAUUUAACAUUGUGCAUUUGCUCACAUUAAAUGUUCUUGCGAAUAUCAUUACAAGUUAAAGUAUCUAGACACUGCGUGACCAACAUGAUUGUGUAGUAAUUAAGAGCUUUAUAUUUUUUAGUGGCGAUGAAUAUAAAUGUUUUCUUAUGUAUUAUUUGUACAACAUAUUUUAGUCAGAUAAGGCCAGAUAGAUCUAGAUCUAGAUAUAUUUUUUAGUCAUAUGGCAUUUUCCAUUCGUCAAAAUUGUAAUAGUGUUAAUGCUGUUUAUAUACGUAUAUAUUGAAUAGACUAUAGGUGGAAGUGUUCUACUCGUGUCAACAGCGUGUAUACACACGCAUAACGCACAAAAACGACAUGCGCUACAUUUUUCAACUGAAUUUAGCAACGUUUGUUAUCACUUGCAUGUUAGUGAUGUUACUUGUGAAAUCUAUUUUUGGUUGUGAAUCUUAGAUAAAUACGGAUGAACCUAUAUCCUCUACAAGUAAAUUUGAUACACAGCUUUCCUGUCCACUUUGUAAUGUCCCUUUCUGUGAUUAGUUAUGUAAGGUUUUGAUACAAGUUUGACCCCACCCCGGAUUCUAAUAUUUACAGUAUAUGGUUGUAUAUUUAUAUGUAUAUGUAUUGUAUCGUAUUUAUGUCAUAGAAAUGUCAACAUAUUACAUUACUAUUUAUACUUCAC